AUGUCCACAUGGAAAGCAAGGCUCGCCAAAAGACUGAAAUCUCCAUCUAGAAGGAUGCAUCCAUUUCCAUGUUCAGCUCUGCUGGCCUGUUUUGGGAAUACGAGGGAGAAUGCUCCUUGCGAUCAGCCCAUAGUGUCUGAUACUCAUUCCACCAUUUAUGAUCAGCCCAUGGCCAAAGCCGGUCGACACCCAAGUCAGCAGAGAGGGGAAGAAGCAUCUUCAGAGAAAAGGCAAGAUUCCGGCACCCAUUCAGACAGAAAUGGCAGUGCAAAUCGGAAUUCAAGUAACCACAUUGCUGUCCAGCCUGCCGAAACCGCUGAGGAUGUGCCUGUGUCCCCAGAUUGUGAAUUGGAUUGUGAAGUAGUGGCCUUUCAGACUUCUAUCCCCAGACCAUCAAUUAUUGAAAUGCCAAUGGAAGAAGAGGAAUCCCAAGAAGAACCUAGAUGCCUUCAGCUGGAACGGAAGACGACAUCAGACAGCCCAUUUGAGGAUCCUGACCUUAAGGACCCGUAUUUCAUUUCAAGAAACAUCAUGGCCGAGCCAGACUAUAUAGAAGAUGACAAUCCUGAACUAAUCAGGCCUCAGAAACUCGUCAAUCCUGUCAAAACAUCCCGCAACCAUCAAGAUCUUCACAGAGAACUUCUUAUGAAUCAGAAAAGGGGUCUUGCCCCUCAGAAUAAGCCGGAGCUGCAGAAGGUAAUGGAAAAGAGAAAACGAGAUCAAGUAAUAAAGCAGAAGGAAGAAGAAGCACAGAAGAAGAAAUCUGACUUGGAAAUAGAACUAUUAAAACGGCAGCAGAAGUUGGAGCAGCUUGAACUUGAGAAGCAGAAACUGCAAGAAGAGCAAGAAAACGCCCCAGAAUUUGUGAAGGUUAAAGGCAAUCUUAGGAGAACAGGCCAGGAAGUGGCCCAAGCCCAGGAGUCGUAGGCCUACACCUCAGAGACCACACUGAAGCUGUGAGCAGGCGCCUCCUUCACACCUGAGCUCAGGGCAGAAGCCCCUGGGGAACAUUCCAGCCAGCAGAGAGUUGUUGCUUAAAAAAGGACUUGUCUUGGUUCACCCCCAGCCUGGGUGGGUAAAUUACUGUGACAGUUGCAGUUCCUAUUCGCCAAACGAAGGACGUUGACCAGCACUUAAGUUGGGAUAUGGACCUGUGUUCAAAGACUUAAAAACAAACAAACAAACAAACAAAAAACCGACCAACAAGAAAAGGAAGAGGACACUGGAGUAAAUUCUUGAGAGUUGCACUGCUUGGUUUUUCUUCCGAACCAAGUUUAGUGGGGCACAGAGCCUUUUUCUUUUAAAACCUAAAGAAAAUUUGUUUCAUUCUUCCUUUAGUUAUCUGUUAGAUAAUUUAGGUCACAUAGAAAUACAUUUUAUCUGUUAUAGUCAAUAUUCAUCCAUUGUUUUGAGAACCCAAAAUGUUCUUGUUUAAUUUAUACCUUCACCCGUGUUAGGAUUUACACCUGAGAAUGUUGAUGUUAAUGUUGAGCACAGCUACAGCCUUGAUUAACAUUAGUAGGCUGGGAAGGUUAAAAAUAUAUAAACAAGCAUAUGUAAACAAGCAUACGUAAACAAAAAUAUGUAAACAGCCAUCUUGAUCCUAUUUUAAUUCCUUUUCAUUAUGCUCCAUGGUAAUAUUCCAGUUCAGAGAAGGCACAUUAUAAAUCCACUUAUUGCUUUGAUAACUAGUAGGGGUUUUUUUGUUUUUUUUGUUUUUCUUGCUGAGCUGGUCCUUUUAUAUGAAAUAAUCUAAUUAUCCUUUGAAGAAUUAAAGCUAGUCCACAUAACCCAACUUCAGUGUCAAAAGUAGAGGGUCCAAAUCUUUUGAUUUCUUUUGAGAGCAAUGUGGGGAACACUCCCAUUGGGAGCCUAGAAAGGAGGAGUUCUUUGAGUAUUUAAAUGUGAAGCAAAUAUAGAUUGGUCUCAAGAGGCCUAGUUGGAAGAUCCAUAGCAUUUGUACAUGUUGAAUGUUACCCAUUUCUUUGCUUUUAUUUUUUUUCUUGAGAAGCAAGACUGUUUUCCCGCUCUCUUAGUUAUGAUGAUGCUGUUGAUAACGAUGACGCUAAUGACUACUGUAUUGCAUCUCAGGAAAAGCCAAGGUGAAGGGAGAAGCUGCUCAGUUUUCACACUCUAGCUAGCAAGCUACUCAAAGCGAAACCCAAAUCACCAAUGACAGCAGAGUCCUUAGGCAGAAUCCAUUUUAUACUGCUGGUGUAGUACACGCGACUUGGGGUAGUCCAGAGAAUUUGUGUGCAUUCAGUAUGUUCUCCAUAGAGACGAUUCAGCUAGUAAUUUCUACACUGAAGACUCUUCUUAUAAUUCCCAUAAAGGCUAGUAGAAAGCUGGAUUCUAAGCUUCUGAAUCCUUAAUAAGCAUAGUAGAAAUUGGCUUUCUGUGGGAAUGCUUUAGUUUUCAUAGCUGAUGAUUAGGCUCACAUUCAAUCUCAGUGUGAACAAGACAUAAGUAAAUGCAGUGAUCAUAUCCUGCUGGUUCAAGAAUAUGUGGAUUACACCUGAAAUGGAUGAUUUCUCUCAUCAGCAAGUAUUAUUUGAAUAAAAUAGGAGGUGCUUAAGAUAAGAUAGUGCUCUAUUAUAGUUUGCUUUUGAAGGAUGGAAUGGUAACUAUUUUUAUCAUCGCUUUUCCUUUUGAGAGAAAGUAUGUUAACUGAUCAUCUUGAAAGUACAUUUCUGAUUGCACAUUGACUGGAGUUCUUUCUUUGUGCAUAUGACUAACGAUGUGAUUUGUAAAAUGAGGAUUCAGGACUGGCCCAUACAUAGCCUCUUACUGCAUGUCAGACCUUUAGAUCCUGUGUCCUUGAAGCGAUUCUGCCACUCGGUAAAAUUCUCAGGGGCUCUGACAGGCUCCUUUGGAAGGACCAGUUCUAUUCCUAGAACUUACCUAGAAUUCAUUCUUCACUGGGAAAAAAAUUAAUUACAAAAGCAUUUUCUUCCCACUCAUUCACAAAUCUGAAUUCCUUGUAGUUAGUAGUACAAGGUCUGGCCAAAAGAAGACUUGUAAAUAGCAUACAGUGAUGUCUUACGACUUACACGUAGAGAAGCUCUUUGAAGCCAUCAGAUCAGAUCAGCCCACAGGCCUGAGUCGAAAAAGGCAUCAGUCUCUCCGGCGCUUUAAUAUGGAACAGUACAAACCCCUAGGACUUGUGAACAUCGAGCAGUUUUGUGCUUUGAGCCCCUUUUUGACAAAAAUGGCUCCAUUUUUCCACUCUCUGGUUUUUUUAAACUAGUUCAGUGUUUUAUAGUCUCCUAGUAGUAAAAUAAUGUUGCUUUCUAAGCUAUAACAGUUGACUUUAUUCUUCUACUCAAAAAAAUCUUGACUUGUUUGAGUGUAUAUAAUAUAUAUAAAGGGAGCCUUAAUGGAUUUGUUUUCAUAAUUUAAUAUUUUUUGUAUUUGCUCUUGUAUAAUUUUUAAUGGAAAGUAUUACAGAAUUGAGGGUGGAAUUCUUAGAACCAAAGUUAUUCUUAAUAAAAAUCACCACAUGCUUGGACCACGCAGCUGUGUUUGUCUAAUGUGUUUAAAAUGGAUGUCUGGCCCUGGCAGGUUUGGCUC